AUGGCGAUUGCAUACGAUGGAAAUAUUGUGGAUAACAUCACACCACAUGCCGCUGCGCUCCAUUCGAUUAGCACACCCGAUCCUAGGAUCUGCAUCAACGUUUUUACUGAGCCAUUGAAGAGGAUCAUGACAAAGGAAAUCGUCAUCAUGAUCAGGCCAUCCAGUGUGAACAGUGGCAAAAAUGAGCAAACUUUCGAAAGAUAG